AUGCUGAAAGUCACCAUGCCCUCCUCAUCCUCAUCCUCCUCGUCCUCCUCGUCUUCCUCGUCCUCCUCCUCCGGCUCCUCGGCAGCCGGCCGCCCCGGCUCCGCCGCACCCGAGUACUGGAUCGAUGGCUCCAACAAGGACACCCUGGCUCACUAUUUCGAGCUGGAGUCCGAGCUGGGACGUGGGGCUACAUCCAUUGUCUACAGAUGCAGGCAGAAAGGGACCCAGAAACCUUACGCCGUCAAAAUGUUGAAGAAGACAGUAGACAAGAAAAUUGUCCGCACAGAAAUUGGAGUUCUUCUCCGUCUUUCACAUCCAAACAUUAUAAAACUGAAGGAGAUAUUUGAGACCCCUACAGAAAUCAGUCUUGUUCUGGAACUGGUCACAGGUGGAGAACUAUUUGACAGGAUUGUGGAGAAAGGUUACUACAGUGAACGAGAUGCUGCUGAUGCUGUUAAACAAAUCCUGGAGGCUGUUGCUUACCUGCAUGCAAAUGGGAUUGUGCAUCGGGACUUGAAGCCAGAAAAUCUACUCUAUGCAACACCAGCUCCAGAUGCACCACUAAAAAUUGCUGACUUUGGACUUUCUAAGAUUGUGGAAGAUCAGGUGACCAUGAAGACAGUUUGUGGAACUCCGGGGUACUGUGCACCAGAGAUACUGCGGGGAUGUGCCUAUGGCCCUGAGGUGGACAUGUGGUCCCUGGGAAUUAUCACCUACAUCCUACUUUGUGGCUUUGAACCAUUUUAUGAUGAAAGGGGAGAUCAAUACAUGUUUAAGAGAAUCCUGAACUGUGAAUAUGACUUUGUGUCCCCCUGGUGGGAUGAUGUGUCUCUGAAUGCCAAGGAUUUAGUUAAAAAGUUGAUUGUUUUAGACCCCAAGAAACGCCUCACCACUCUACAGGCUUUGCAGCACCCAUGGGUUACAGGGAAGGCAGCAAACUUUGCACACAUGGACAACGCACAAAAGAAACUUCAAGAAUUCAAUGCCCGGCGUAAACUUAAGGCUGCAGUAAAAGCUGUUGUGGCAUCUACACGCCUUGGCAGCGCCAGCAGUCACAGUGCACAGGACAGCAACAAGCCCAACCACAACCCAUCGCCUGUCCUCGGUGGCAAACCAGAAGAGAAACUCACUCAGGAAGCAGAAGCAGCUCCAGAGGAAAUGUCUUAGGUUGAUGUGCUUCCUUGUUUCAACAGAGAUCUGUCAUUUCACACACCAGCUAAUUUGUCAUUCAGCAAGGGAGAUUCGUAAGCUUGGCCUCUCUUGUUCUGCUUUAGGGUGCCAAAUGCUCUGGUUGGUGAUCCUACCUUCAAUGCAUGUGACUGCUUAUGAAAAUAGUAAACUGUUCCAUAAGGCAUGUCAUGGAAACAGUGUAAUUUGCAGUAAUACCGGCAGGUGAAAAUAUGGGGAUGAAUAACUACCUACCAUAACGUGUAUACUUCAUAUACAUCUAUUUAGUGUUUCUAGAUGGCAUUUGAAACAAAAUGCUGUUUCAUUUAAUUUUAUGCAAGUAGUUGUCUUAUCUGUGUUGUGAGUUUAUUUAGACUGUUUCUUUCCAGAUCCAUAGUCCUUGAGCAGACAAAAUGGAAGGAAAUACCAAACGAAUGCUUUUAAAACUGAUGUAUGAAAUAAUGCUUUUUAUCUGUAAAAUUGAAAAAGUAUUUGGGGAUUUACAUGCAAAAAAACACAUUCCACUACUUCUGGGAAGAGAUUGAAAUGUUAGUUCCACUGGGCGUGAAAAUGUACAUUGCUCGAGCUUGCAUUGAGAAUGCCUUAUUCAGAUUUUUCCUGUUUAUAUACAAUAUUUUAAUAACAACCAAAAUUACUCAGAUUUCUGCCAUUUAAUUGUGUAGUAAAGUGUUAGUGAAACAAAACAAUAGACUAAACAAGGAUUAGAGUAAAUGCAAACUUUUGACAUACCAUUAUAUUUAUUAAUUAAUUUCUAAACUGUGCAGCUAGAAGACUUUUUAUAGAGCCUGAGGGAGUAAUCUGCAAUUAAAUAAGUUGUAAAUGCUUAAAGGAAGCUAUUGUACAGCUUACUGAUUUUACUUUGGGGAAAUACUCUUUAUACAAGAUCUUGGAGCAAGUAGUAUAAUCUCAUUGGUUCCUGGGUGGUUUAACCUCAUGAGUAACCAGUUUCCAUUUGUCAGCAUAAUCAGUCCAUAUUUUCCUUACAAAGGACUCCUGCUCCAUGUAAAGUGAUCCUCCAGCACAGAUCUUGCAUCCACCCCGAGUUCCUGUGUCUUAAGUUAUUAGCUAUGUGCUUCGAUCAGCUUGCAAAAGUAGGGUCAGGCUCUUGAGCUGUCUUGAUGUUUUUGUUGAAUGUCAUUGAAAGAAAUGGAAAAAUUAACAUGCAUCAGGAUGUGUGAUCAUUUAUAGCUGUUAUCAAUUAAACAUCAUAGACUGUCAUCAGGUUAUGUUACAGAAACAGCAAAAAGAAUCUGAUGUACAACAAUAACAUUUGUGCUCAUUAAACUUUUUAAUACCGAUAGUUACCUAACAUCCUAAUACACUCAACAUUUCUCCUUUGCUUUCAUGGUUUUUAUGUUGAUGUUAGGCCUUGCGCAACUUGUUUUGGAAAAAUAUACUGAAAAACCAACAAUUCAGUAAAACAGUCAGAGGCUAUAUUUCCUGAUUAGAUUAAAAGGUAAUGCAGUGUUAUUCAGAUGGUAGGUUUGAUAAAUAAAAUGUGCUCUAGAUUAAUAAAUAAAGGAAGAUUAAAGAUACUGUCAUCACUAGGUGAGAAGGCAUGCUAAUGAAUGUAUUAUACUUGAGAUUUUUUAUCCACUUCUUAGAACUCUUAAUAGUUGUACAAAAAGGUUUGCUAACUAAGCAGCAUUGCAAUUUAAAGUACAUGUAUUCAUCCUUUUUUCAAGUGGCACACUUUGAGGUCAGCUGAAAUAGCUGAUGGGUUCAUGACAGCUGUGUAAGGCCAACAAGACACUUUUGCAGAUUUUUCCCAGUAAGUAAGACUAAUUACUCUGGAGAAGAUGAUAGGUACAUUCACCUGUCUUACUUCCAGUGAGGUGACUGCAGCACAAAUGCAUUUCUCACCCACUUUAUUCAUCCCUCUGGUACUGUGGUGAAGCCAUCAAAGUUUGGUCCCUAGGGAGGUUUGAUGGGAGAUGCUGGAUUUCUGUAAUGUUUUCAUAUAGUUGCAUCUAAUCUGCAGGAGUGUAGCUUGCUGCAAAGUCAUUGUGCAACUAUGAGAGCAGAAAUAUCUUCAUGUGAUGGUUUGAUAAGCUGAAAAGUAGUCCCAGCUGACUCUUAAAGUUACUGUUUUGCUAAAUUAUACCAUAUCAUAUAGUAACUGUGAACUGAGGUCAUGCAACAGGAGACCUCUCUGUGAUAGCAUGAUCUCAGAGGCAGCUCUGAGGCAGUACAUAAAGGCUCUGGGGCUUCAGUUGUUUUUACUUCAUUUCCUUCUGUUAUGCUCUACAUGAAACAGGAUGGAUGCCUGUGCUGAAUGGAUUACCAGUUUCUGACUCAGUAAAGCAGUGUGCCUUGCUGAUGUUUGACAGCACCACACACAAGGAAGAGGAGGACCAGGGUGUAUGUAUGCAGUGGAAGAGAGAAGUGUUACCUGCAUUCAUUUUGUCUGAAAAAUCACCUCCCAGCAGUAUCUGCCAUAAUUCAGACUGGGGAGUGCAACACCAGUGUCUUACUGUGGCUGAAAAAUAUGAACACACUUGAAAACUACUGGAGAUGGACCAGUUACACCUCUGUGGUUAUAAACUAGGUAGAAAGUCACUGAUGCUCUUUUCUGUUGAAAUCCUAAACUUCAAUUUUUAAAAAUAUUUAACAUAUUAACCAAGUCCUUUAAGUACAAAAAGGGAAAUCUUUCUUCCUUUUUGAAGUAUUUGAAUUGAGCAAAACUUUCCUUUUUAUAACAGAUUGUAGCACUGGCCAAUUAAAGUCUAAUAUCUGAGAGCUUGGCUGAGGAUCUGAUGGCUGUUAAAUAGCCAACAAAGUCCUGCCUUUGCAGCACAAGAUUUUUCACAAGUUUAGAAAGAUUCAUCCCAAAAUAGAACAGAGCUCCAGUAAUCUUGAACAGUCUUGCUUGCAACUUUGUGGAUGAUACAGUAGACCACACUGCAUGAGCCUGGUGCUGGUUUGUUAGCUUAAGAUUGUACUUUACAUUGUGCAAGUAUGCUGUAAAGAGGCAGGCACACCAUAAUCAAACUUUUGAAUGCAAAAGAGCACCAAGGUAAAAGUUUUAGUUAGAGCCUGUGGUUCAGAAGAAGGGUACUAAGGACUCUGUCUCCAGAAGCAAGAAGGCUGUUGGGCAUACAGAGUGACAAAAACUGCCCAGAGUCCCCUUUGCCUCAGUGAAUAAUGCAAAGAGUUCUGAAAAGCUGUGUAAUACUAGAGCAGGACAAAAGUGGCAACCAAAAAGUUUUUUGAAGAGACCCAGGUCAGCAGGGAGCCCCAGGCUGGGAGGAUUGCUCUGGCUUACUGGCAGCCAGGCUCAAUACUUGACAAAUAAAGUGUGUUCUACAACUCUCACUGUAAGCACAGACACAAAAGGCAGCCAUGGGGGAAUGAGGACAACACCACAUUUUCUUCAGCCCAGCAACGGGGAAAGGGAAGACGGUGCUGGGAGUAGUUAAUGUCCAGCUUAGCAGAAGGACAGCACUGUCUGCUAAGCAGUAAAUGCAGUUGGACUCUGGAAGAUAAAGACUCAUUUCCAUGUAACAAAGUCCUUCACCUCCUGUACCCCUGCUGGAGCACACUGAUAUGCAUAGCACCCCAGGUCUCUGGGGUUUUAGGAGUGGCAUAUGAAGGUGUAGGGUGAUCUUUGCAUGGUGUUCUGCACAUUGCCUCCUUACAGAAUGACAGGCACAAGCCUCAGCACAGUGCCUUGACCCCAGGCUUGUGCAGGGGCUGGCUGUUAUUCCCAGUGAAGAACUCAGUUUUGUGUGGCUGAAUCUGCCUUGUUGUUGCUGAGCCUAUGAAUGCAUAGCUCAUGUAGGCAUGGCAUUCAUGUAACAAAAAAUAUCAGGCUGACCAAUCAAGAUGCACAGUUACACCUAGAGCACAGUGGCAGGGAUGCAUGCAAGUCCUGGGGAUACAAAAGGUGAACAAAUGUCCAUUCUUCCAUUUCAGAAUAACUUCAGGUAGAACAUAAAACCACAAUAGUGAGAGCUUAUUCUUCUUUUGUAUAAAGAAUCUAACUCCUCUGGUAAGCCCCUGCACAAUACCAUGUUUCAUUGAACAAAAAACGUCAGAUGUGUUGCAAAAUAAGAAGAAAACAGCAAGGAAUGAAAAGGAAGAAAAUAGGAAUAAAAUAUUUACCUAUAGGUAUAAAAUAUUUACCUAGGCACAGAGCUCCUGGAGCAGGGCCAGCAGAAGGCUACAAAGAUGAUGAGAAGACAGAAGUAUCUAUGAGAAAAAGCUGAGAGAGCUUGGGCCUGCUCAGCCUUGAGAACAGACAGCUGAGAGGGGACUUCAUCAAUGUAUUCAAGCAUCUGAAGGGAGGGUGUCAAGAAGCUGGGUCCAGACUCUUCUCAUUGGUGCCAAGCAAUAGGACAAGUGACAAUAGGCAGAAACUGAUGCACAAGAAAAUCCGGAAUAUGAGAACUUUACUUUGCUGGUGACUAAACACUGGAAGAGGUUGCCUGGAGGGUGUGGCGUCUUCCUUCCUCAAAUUACUUUUGAACCAUAUGGAUGCAAUCCUGUGCAAUGUGCUUUAGGAAACCUGGCUUGAGCAGGGAGGUUGGACUAGAUGACCACACCAAUGGGCCCUUCCAACCUCACUCAUUCUGUGAUUCUGUGAUUCUACGAUCUUAGUUUCAGAACAUGUCUAAGCUUUUACUAGCAAGACUCUAGAUUCUCCACAUAAGCAAAAUUUUCUUUAUAUCUCAGAGGCUAAACUUCUGGCCAGAGUACUUCACUGAAGAUUGCUGGUGAGUCAGUGAACAGCAUCCUUUGGAGUAUGAAUCCUCUAAACAAUAUAAGGACAGAACAAUGUACAUGCAUAUAACUAGAAGUCCAGUAAACACACACAAGUAAAAUCUGCAUUACGUCUUCUUCUACCCUCCCAAGUGAAACAGAGAAUAUAAAUGCAGUCAUGAACUUAGUCAUUAUUGGAAGGCAUUCAAAUAUUGUGGGAAUAGGCAUAGUAUGGAAGCUGAAAUACAAUGGAAUAGUCGAAGUGGCUCAAUUCUGAAUUUAGCAGAUUAAAAUAUGAAUAUGUACCUGCACAUACAAAUAUAUAAAUUCACUAAAAGAGAUUGCUGAACAAUCUGUAAAAGCCAUGUCUCUAUUAACAGUUGCAGCACUUUUUAAGUCAUCUUUUGUCCUUUGCCAGCACUACUCAGCUGGAACUGAAACCAUAAUGAUUAAAAGUCUUGUAUACAUGGAUCACUGCUGAAUGAAAUUCAGAGUAACAGAUAUCAGGGAAUGAAAGAUAAUGGUACAGAGUUUUGCAAGCUCUGGCUUCUGCCAAGGCACAGUUGAGAAAAAGAUUACUUCAGUGCCCUUGUCCUUCUGUAUGGUCAGUACUUGGGCUGAAGUGUGGCCACCUGAGAAAUUGCAGCAUUUCAGAGAGUUGUAUGACAAUACACAAAGAGCAAAACUUAAAGGAAUCUUAUUUUUUCCAUUUGAAACUCUGGCCUCAAGAACAAGUGUUAACAUGCAUUCAUGGCCAAAUGGCUUCCUGUUAUUCUUCCCUUUUGUGCCUCCUCUUUUUUUCCUGGCCCUGGAUCCCAUGGGGCACCCAGAAAGAGCUGUCAGCUGCCAGUCAAAGGGUAAAGAGCCAUCUGACACUUGCAGAUUUCAGCUUUUCUGCCCUGACAAAUCUGCUGUUGCCUUUGGGUCUGUCAGAUGUUUCACUCCUGCUCUUGUGCUCCCCGAGAGUCUGAGUUUACAUAUAUCACCGAGGUAUAUGUAUAUCUCUGUAUAUAUGUAUAUCUCUGUGAGUUGCCCCUGAUGUGGUUUGUCAUUGCCAGUUAGUAGCCAGGGAGAAGUGUUUUUAUUUUCCCUCCCCAUUUCCUAGAUUCAUGAUGUUUGCUGGCACCUUUAGUUUCCUUUCUCAAGAGCCUACACGUGGCUGACAGAAAUAUCUCAGUGAUGUACAAGAAAUGCUAGACAGAAACAGAAAAUAAUUUGGCUUCUUGGGUUAGUUUACCAACAGAAAGGGAAGGCACCUGGGCUGCUGUAGAAGCUGUUAGUAUUUGGAAUGAGGGGUUCAGAGCAAAGUGGCACAAGAAUAGCACCAUGCCAUGUUCUGCUCCUCAGCACCAGGAAGAUCCUUUGUCAAUAGCACCUUUUUCCUCCUGUAGAAAAGACUUUUAGGUCAAUCAAAAGAAACACAUCAGGUUUAGGAACUCUGAAAAAUAUCAUGCGUGCCAUGACCAGUGAUCUUAAUAUCAAUUACUUAAUACCAAUUGAUAUACUUAGUAUCAUAUUUUAUGCAGCAUUGCCAUUUAAAGUGUUGGCAAAAGAAAGUAUGAAGUCAGUUCAGAACACUUGGUCCCAUUUCUUGCCUGAGCUGUAAAUAAUGAUCUGCUUUGUAAUACAAAAGUCUGUGAAGCCAAUCAUUGCACACACAGGGGAAGUCUAUCAAAGAGAAAAAAGACUGUAAUUCUUAUCCAUGUUUUGGGUGGAUCUAGGAUGGCUCUUCUAACUGAAACUACUAUGUCAAAUGACUUGAACUGGUAAACCCAAAAGCUAAGGGUAAGCCAUUAGAUGUGAUUUCCAGCUGCAAAUGGCAUGUGAUCUGUCCCAGAGACGGUAUGCCCUAAUAGCCACAGAGUCAUAUUUAUUCAUCCACAGGACUGUGCAUAGGGGUUUGCAUCUUCAUAUCAGUCCUCAGAUCCCAAGCAUAAUGGUGUUACCUACAGAUGCUGACUUUACAUGAAGGAGCACAACGUCACCAAAUCCCUAACACUGAACAGUAAAUGCCGACAACAAAAAUGCCAGAGAACUUUGCUACAGAACACACCCAAGAGAGCUCCUCCUUAGCUUUGUGUCAAUAAGGAACAAAGUGAAAAGUGUCUCUUAAGUGUUUCUUCCAAGGUCUCAGGUUCCUUGAUUUCUGUUAUUUUUCAGACUUCCCCACCAGACGUUUACAAAAGUAUUGAAACGUAUUCAGUGGCAGCCUUUUCCAAAUGGAUAAUCCUCACCACAGACUCGACUUUUCAUUUGUCAGACAUCAAAGUUUCAUUGUUUGUACUAGUAAUAUGGCACCCAGUCUCUUCCUCAGCUUAUUAUGGGGCCUGAAGUAGUCUUUUAUAGAGAAGUUCGUCAAGAAACAUUUCACGAUAUUAAGCAAAUGGACUGUAUGUAUAUUUAGAAUAAAAAUAUCUUUGAAGGAUUUCCCGAACCCCUGCUGCAGCAGUUUACUCCCUGAGAAGUAUUUUCCUUGGGAAUGACAGUGAUCCAUGGGACCCUCCAAAGCAUCCAAGCUGGUGCCACCACCAACUUAGUGCCCUCAGUGUAGUGGUAGUGCCUUGUUUGCUCUGCUCAAGUCCUUACCGUUGUGGCUACUGGGAAACAGUAAUUACAAACUAAGAGAUUUUUAAUAAAAGUAAUUAGAAACAAAAAUAUUUGAAACAACUAGGUACUGAGAGCUAACCCAAGCUGUGGUUUUGUGCCGUUAUGCACAACAGAAACCUCUUCCCUGUUCAUGCCACAUCCUCCUGAGAUGUCAUGCUAAUGCUUCUGAUUAAAUAGCAGAAAUUUCAUUUAAUGUUCCAUAAGGGAACAUUGUUCUGGGCUUUGGUUGGGAAAUUUUUUGUUAUUUCUUUUUUUUCAGAAUACAGAGUGUUGAAAGGCCUAUGCUCGUGAGAAAAUUACCUCUGAAAUGAUUAGAUGCUCAGGGAGAAGGAAAGAUGGAGAGAUGGAGAUGAACCGUAGUCAUAGAACCAUAGAAUCAUUCAAGUUGGAAAAUACCUUUAAGAUCAUUGAGUCCAACUGUUAACCCAGCACUGCCAAGUCCACCACUAAUGGGAUGGUCUUGCAAAACAGCAAUGGUGGCUGGUCCAGCUUGUGAGGGAGUGGGAGGAGGUGAAGAAUCAUUGUGGGGAGCAGUUUGUUAGUCUCAAGGAGCUAAACCACCAUGCCCUUGCAAUCUCAUGAAGUACUGAACAGAAACUGGCUGGCUGCUCCACACCCACAGUAAGGAGCUCACCAGCUUAAGCUGGUUUUAAUCUGAAGAAAUGUGAUAUGCUAAGGGCUUGUGUCUGCCUUGGCCUUUGUUUGGAGGCUUCUGGUGGCUCCUGGCUGGGUGAGGACCAGACCAUAAGUGCGGAAUUUUGUGAUUCUAUUAAUUCAAGAAUAGUAUAUGCUGCAUGGUUAGAGUAUGUGCUGAUGCUUCCAAGACAAACAGACAAAUGGUGCUAUUGACUAGUAACACAAAGUAUUUUAUAAGCCUGUUACAGAAGCUCAUUGAUCUCAGAGCAAUGGUGGCUGGAUUCUUAUUAAUAACAAUGAAAAAUGUUAUAUAUAUAUGUGUAUAUAUAUAUUAGACUUUCUCAAAUUAGCUCCAUGUCCUAUGUGCCUGUGUCCUUCUUUUACUGCUUAGUUGUGUGAGAAAUCCUGCACUGUCAAUGCUGUUUGCUUCUAUUAGCAAAGAUGUUAGCAACUAGAUAGACGUUUAUGGAUUGCUUGUUUAACUGUACACUUUUACUUCUGACUAAAAGCCUGUUUGUGUAGUAACUUAUCUGAUACUGUGCAAAUGAACCAGAGAGAAUUUUGAACCAGAAAAAAAAAAUCGACUGUUUUGUUAUUUCAGUGUAUUGUGUGGGACCAAUGUACCUGCCUGUGUGCUUGCAUGGGAAUGCUGAUAAGACAUGAGAAUAUGCUUUGAUGGUGGGACAUCAGUUUUUAGUAAGUGGCUUGCAUGACUGAUCUGAUGCUAAAUAAACUAGUAAAUCUAGAAA